CGAUCCUGGAGGUCCGCGACAGCUACUCCAAGCCGCUGCGCCUCUUCCAGCUGGGCGGCGUGGGCCCGGGCGACGUGGCCGGCGCCGAGGGCCGGGGCCCGGUGGAGGACCUGCAGGCGCUGCUGGACAAGGCGGCGCCGACCCCGCCCGCCUGUGCGCCCCCGGGCUACAGGGACAUGCUCCUGUACAUCUACACGUCGGGCACCACCGGCCUCCCGAAGGCCGCCAUCCUGCCGCACUCGAGGUACCUGUUCGCCACCCUCGCCGCGCUCAAGUCGCUGCGGCUCACCCAGUCGGACGUCAUCUACAACCCGCUGCCGCUCUACCACACGACCGGCGGCAACGUUGGCGUCGGCUGCGCCCUCGUCGCCGGCAUCACGGUCGUCAUCAGGUCCAAGUUCUCGGCGUCCGCGUACUUCGCGGAGUGCGCCAAGUACGGCUGCACGGUGGCGCAGUACAUCGGCGAGAUGUGCCGCUACAUCCUGGCCGUGCCGCCGCGCCCCGAGGACCGCCAGCACCGGCUGCGGCUCAUGCUCGGCAACGGCAUGCGGCCCACCAUCUGGAAGGCGUUCGUGGACCGCUUCAACAUACCCAACGUGGUGGAGCUGUACGGCGCGACCGAGGGCAACGCCAACAUAGUGAACCUGGACAACACGAUCGGCGCCGUGGGCUUCCUGCCGCAGUCGCUCCCGCAGGCCAUCUACCCGGUCGCCAUCAUCAAGACCAACCUGGAGACGGGCGAGAUCAUCCGGAACGCGAGCGGCCUCUGCGAACGCUGUGGCGUUGACGAACCCGGUAUGUUCAUUGGACUCAUCAGCAAUAGGGAUCCGACAAGGGAAUUCCAUGGCUACGUGGACAAGGAAGCUUCGAAGAAAAAGGUGAUUGAGGACGUAUUUGUGAAGGGUGAUAAAUAUUUCUUGACAGGUGACAUUUUGGUCAUGGAUGAACUUGGAUAUCUUUACUUCAAAGACAGAACUGGAGAAAGCUUCAGGUGGAAGGGAGAAAAUGUGGCAUCUGCUGAAGUGGAAGCAUCAGUGUGCGCCAUCCUAGGACUGAGAGAUGUCACAGUGUACGGAGUGGAGAUACCUGGAGCCGAAGGUCGUGCAGGAAUGGCAGCAAUUGUAGAUCCGGAAAAUACCUUGAAUUUGGAGGUUUUAGCAAAUGGCAUUGACAAAAUGUUACCUGCUUAUGCUAGACCUAUAUUCAUUAGGAAAGUAGCUGCGUUGGAAAUGACUGGUACCUUCAAGGUCAAGAAGUAUGUUUUGCAAAAGGAGGCCUUUGAUUUAAAAUUGGUGAAAGAUCCAUUAUUCAUUAGGAGUGGAAACACUUUUGCACCCUUCACCAAUUCUGAGCUACAAGACCUUCAAACUGGUAAACUUCGUCUGUGAUACAGAAUUAAAAUGUGCAAAUUGAUCUCCAUGAUUUGCCUCAAGACUGCUACUGCUAACUACACAAACCACAAGGUUUACAAAGGAAAUCAUAUUUAUAGUGUAUGAAGACUUGAUAUAUUAGGUGAUGGGUCCUCGUGGAGGAACACGCUCUGUCAUUCGCUUCCCCAAGUAAUCUAGGUAAAUGUGAACGUACAUUUUCAAGGUAAACCAAUCUAUAUUAUUCCAGUCCAGUAGAAUGUGUUUCACGUAGAGGAAAACUAAGAAACUUCCUUCCUGUUACUGUCUAGCCUAAUAAUACUCUCCCCUAAUGCGCUUUCAUUUUGUUGUGUGUUAUGGCAAAUUUGGUUAUUUCCUGAUCUGGUCCAACUGUCAACUUUUAAUGGAAACGUCAAAGAAUUUUUAUAAACGAUUCC